AUGAGACUUCCCUUCCGCAAGAAGGAGAAGAAGAAGAGCGAUGCCACGUCGCCCCAUCCCGACCUGUUCCGCCCUUUCGGUGCUUCACAGCCGCCCCGCUUCCCACCCUCUCGCAUCUCGGCUCGCCUUCUCGCCCAGUGCCCCCCGGCCGUCCUGCAGCGCAUCUUCGCCUACAUCUGCCCGCACUCGCGCGAUGAGAGCUAUGAUACGUGUGAGGAGAGCGCCUCGGACGACACCUGCAUGCUGUGUGACCUGAGGGAUCUCUCCCACUGCGCCCAGGUCAGCCGCGCCUGGCGAGCCAGUGCCAUAACUGUCAUGUACCACAGCGUCCGCAUUGAUCCGGUGCAUUAUUGCAGGCUCGAGGCGUACCUGGCCGAGAAGCGCAAGAAGACGUCGCGUUUCGACCGCAACGGCAUCCCCGAGGACCCCGCCCUGGCGCGCCUCAGGCUUUUCCGACGCACGGUGCGCGAUGAUCCAACGCGCAUCGGCAAGCUCGUCCAGUUUCUCAAGACGCCCUACAUGAUCCGAGAGUCGUGCCAUGUCGAGCUGGCCCAGACCAUUGCCGUCCUGCCCAACCUGCAGCAUGUCGAUCUGCCCGAGGGCAUGUUCUCCGACGAGCCCAACUACGCCACCCUUAGGCUCGAGGUGCAGGCGCGGUGCCCCAACCUGCGCAAGAUGACGUAUGUCCGAGGCUCCGAGCGUAGCUUUUCCAUGCUGGCCUCGGGCCAAGUAUGGCCCUAUCUCGAGGUCCUGGAGCUCGAUCGGCUCGACAUCGAUCCCUUGGUGCUCCGGGCCGUCCUGGCGUCCCUCACUCGCCUACGUGCCCUCAAGGUCACCGAGACGCCCAGUUUCUCGGACGAGGUCAUGGGCUCAGACGAUGGCCUGCCUCCGCUGCCCGCCUUGACCGAGUUGGUCUUGAAAGACGCGCCCCGGAUGACGACGGCCGGUUUGGUGGAGUAUCUGUCUUGGUACGAGACACAGCGAGCGCUCAAGGUGCUGACGGUUAAGGACACGGGUGUGCAACCAGCGAGGCUCCAGGAGAUACUAAGCAUGGCACCAGCGCUGAGGACGCUGGCCAUCCAGGCAAAGGUUUCGGAACCCUUCCCCAACAUUGAAGACCCCCUGCCGCUGGCGUCGACUCAGCUUAAGACGCUGCGUUUUGAGGUAUCCGCCACCUCGCAGGCGGGCCCUUAUGCGACUCCGGGGUACUACUCGUACCUCGCGUCCUCCAUUCUCACAGGUUCGCUGCCCAAGCUGCGCAGGCUCUAUGUCCACGACGACAGCUUCCCCGAGAAGCUCUCUGGACUGCCACCUCUGCCGCCCCUGCCGCCGCCCAACGCCAUGUUCACCGGCAGCCGGGGCAGACCGGGUUCGAGCUCGUCAAACAACGCGAGCCCGCCGUCGCUGCGCGUGUCCCAGGGCCCUGCUGGCCAGAUGUCACCGGCCCACGGGGGCCCGAUGUCGCCAGGUCUUGUGCGGCAGAUGUCGCCGGGUCCCGCGGGCCAGAUGUCUCCCUCGCCUCCUCGUCGACGACGGGUGCCUAGCAUGAGCGUGAGCGUCAGCAGCCACAAGCGCUUCAGCUCCAACAACCCCUUUGCGCAGCGGGCGGGACCGCCUCCCACACAGACGCUCGAGGUGUUCACCAAGAGCGAGGAGUUUGGCACAUGGAACUUCUCCCGCGUCGACUCCAUCCUAGGGCCGCGUCCCGGAGCAGGAGCGGGGGCAGCGGCGGGAGCGCGCCCAGUGAGCAGCUACGGACUGGCAGCAGACGUGGCUGGACAGGGUUGGGAUCGCGGCGAGGCGCGGCGGAGCGUCAUGAUUGGGGACGGCGUGGGCGGGUUCCUGGCAGUGCCUGGCGCCGGAGACGGCGGGCCGGGAGUGCUGAGCCCGCCGCGGGGCUUCUCUGAGACUCUGCGCCCGCAUAGCAGCGGUGGCGAGUCGAUGCGAAGCCGGGGCUUCUGGAAAUGA